AUGCAGACCAUGCAUGCCAGGGAAAAGAUCGAAGCUUCCUACACGAGUCGAGUUGUCGAUUUCACCGGCCUCUAUAAGCAGCACCUACGCAAUCUGAUGGUGUGGGUUGAGAACAUUGAGGGACAAGUUGAGGUCCUCUCAUCCGCGUCCGCACAUAAGGGCAUACAGCCUGUUGGAGCUCUUUGUGGACGAUUCGAAGUGCCCGCAAGUAGCUAG